CCUCCUUACAUGAGCUUGCUUGAAAGGCAAUAUUGGUGGUAGUUCACUGCAGACAAGCAGAGAGAGGACAAAAAUCUGUAGUCAGUGAACAGGACACCACAGGAGGUGGCUGUAAGUAUCCCACCAUCUCCACACUGUGCCCUUUGACCCUGAGCCCUUGGUGGGAUGGCAGAGGAUGGUGUGGGUACCGGCCCCCAAGUUUUUGUGGUGGACAGUCACGCCAACUUUGUGUCAUUACCCAGCACAAAGAAACCGAGGUGGGCAGGAGUGCGUCAAAAGUGCAUUCUCCCGCUGGUGGGACUGACCCUGUUGGGACUUGUUGUCGAGGGAUUUUUCAUCUACCAACUAUACAAGAAAAACGAGGCAUUGUUCCCUCCCAAAACAUCUGCCCAGCAGGCUGGACCUACGAUGGGUCAAGUGGGACCUGAAGUGCAACCACAUCUGCAACAUAUCCAACAGAAGGCCUUUGCUCACCUGAUGGGUCCCAACACUGUAGGGAACACAAACAUUGUGCAGUGGGUAAAUGAGGGUGAUGCCAUCAUCUACAACAUGAGCUACAACAAUAGCAAGUUGAUAGUCAAGAAUGCGGGAUACUACUACCUCUACUCCACACUGCAAUUAAAUGCUGUAGAGAAGUGUUCGCUUAUCACGCACAAGGUCAUAAGAAAAACCAAGGCAUAUGGCAGAGAGCUAGAACUUAUGAAAUCAAAAAGUUUCCACUGCUUGAACCCCAUACCGUCAAAUGGGAAGGAUUCAGAUGGCCAGGAUCUGUUGCAGAGUUUCCUGGCUGGGAUCUUCAAACUGGACAGUGAAGAUGAAAUUUAUGUCACACUGGAUAAUAUAAAGAAGAUGCAUCCAGGACCCACUGAAAACUUCAUGGGGGCCUUUAUGAUAUCUCCUUAGAGGCACUGACAUAGAUUCUGUCCCACUUUCUGUUCAGAUUCUAUGUCUUUAUCUUUAUGUUUUCAUUUACACCAAAUGUGUGUAAUAUAAUAUAUGUAAUAUAUGCAAUCUAAUAUAUACUGUACUCAAUUAAUGUAUUUGAACCACUUACGAAAAAGCAACAAAUGGUUGUGACAUCAUAAAAAGUAUCUGAUAUUCAGGCUAUAGCAUCGUACUAG